AUGAGAAUGGCCCAGGAAAUGAUUGAUGCCCAUGAUAGAGUCAUCGACGGCACCGGCAACGGCCACGUCGGCCACGGCCAGAAGGGUCGCCGGACCACCGUCCUCGAUCAGCCCCGCCCGAGGACGAGAGCCGUCUCCUCCGCCGCCGCUGCCGAGAUGAACGUCGACGAGUACAUGCGCCAGAGAAACGAAAUCCAGCGUCGCGAGGCUACCCUCUCAUUUGACUUCAAAGCCACCGUCCAGGCCUCGCUCAAGGAGCGAGACGCAAAUGCCAUCAUCCAGAAGCUCAAGGCAGACGACCAGCGCGAUACUUAUGACGCGGCUGACGCAAGGCUGGGGUGGGGGGGUCAGAAACACCCCCGAUUCCCGGCCGACCACUUCCUUUCCAACCUGGAUCAGAUCAAAAAGACCAAGUUGUUCGAGGUCGCAUGCGCGAUGCCAAAGGGAGCACAUCUCCAUAUUCAUUUCAAUGCUUGCCUAGAGCCCUCGGUCCUCUUAAACUACGCCAAGGACAUGGACCGCAUGUUCAUAAGCAGCGAUAUUUCCUUGGCGCCGCCCGCUGAAGAUGAGGAUGAUGGUGUAAAGAAGGACGACGCCCUCGACCGCUGCAAAAUCCAGUUUUCCAUCAUUGCGCCCUCAAAAGAAAAACCAGGCGAUAUUUUCUCCCCCGAAUAUGACUGCCCGGACAGCAAGAACCGACUGUGGUAUAAGUAUUCUCAGUUCCUCAGUGAAUUCCCAAGGCUUCAUGGCCGCGAUGCCCAGAAGUGGCUCGAGAGUAAAGUGGUUUUCCAUGAAGAAGAAGCGCAUGGCUAUCUUCAAACCGUUCAGGGGGCAUGGGACAAGUUCAAUACCCGCACCCAGAUGAUGAAGGGUCUGUUCAACUACGAAACGGCCUAUCGUAAAUAUACCAAAGCCCUCCUCGAGGACUUUGUCCGUGAUAAAAUUCAGUAUGCUGAGAUUCGCCCAAAUUUCAUGGCGGCGAACAACCUGUGGACCGACGACGGCACAGAGCAAAUCGAUAACGAGGGCAUCAUGAAGCUCAUCAUUGAUGAGUACCGCAAGUUCCAGGCCGGCAAUGAUAAGUAUUUUGGCGGCAUGAAGAUCAUCUACUGCACGCCUCGAUCUUUGAGUAAUGCGCUGGUUAAAGCCGCGCUGGCAGAGUGUCUGAAAUUCAAAAAGAUGUGGCCUGAGUGGGUAGCCGGAUUCGAUUUGGUUGGCGAAGAGUCAAAGGGACGGCCUCUCAAGGACUUUAUUCCCGAGUUCCUCGAGUUCAAAAAGGACUGCGGAGACAUCGACAUCCCCUUCCUCUUCCACUGCGGAGAGACACUCGAUAUUGGUAAUGAUACCGACGGCAACAUCGUGGACGCGCUCUUGCUCGGCUCUAAGCGCAUCGGCCACGGGUUCUCCUUGGCCAGACAUCCUUACAUUAUGGAACACAUGAAGAAGAGGGGGGUCUGCCUCGAGGUGUGCCCGAUCUCAAACGAGGAGCUUGGCCUGACGCCGAGGAUCUCGGGGCACGCCAUGUACAACCUCCUCGCGAACAAUGUGCAUUGCACUUUGAACUCGGACAACGGAACAAUAUUCAGAUCGAGCCUCUCGCAUGACUUCUACCAGGCCAUGGUGGGAAAGACGGACAUGACGCUGCACGGCUGGAGGCAGCUCAUCGAAUGGAGUCUGGAGCACUCUUGCAUGGACAAGCACGAGCGCGCGGCGGUGACCGAGGAGUGGAAGAAGCUGUGGGACGCGUUCCUCGACUGGAUUAUCACGACGUACGGGAGCGAUGCCGCUGAGGAGAAGCUGAACGCGUCGGCUUGA